CAAACUCACUAAAACCUGCAAAAAUAACAAUGAACCCUAGAAUGCUUCAGAGCAAAAUUUGAAUUCUCUAUCAUCGAACCCAGUUACUAGUUUCAUUAAAGCCACUGAGUUCAUCAAGCCAAUAGAUCUCACCAAAUCAAAUUAACCCUUCAAUAAACAAAUGCAAUCAAUCUCUAAUAUGGAAACAACCCAGAUCUGGGUUCCUGCAAUUAAUGUCGAAGGGCUCAAAUCUUUGUAAUCCUUGGCUCAAUCGAUAUGUCCAUCAUCGAUCCAUGGCUCUCAUGGAGAAUGGUUUUCUUAGAACUGAAAAUUGGGUUCUUUCUUAGAGAGAGAACCUAGAUCUGAGUUCUCAAGGGAGAACCCACAUAGAUUUGGAAGGGGAAAGAGGAAGAUGAAGAAAGGGGAGAGAGGAACAACAAGAAAAAGGUUGAAGGAGGAAGGAAAAAGAGGAAGAAGGGAUGGAAGAGGAGGAAGAAGGCUGGGAAAGAGGAAGAGCCGGAGGGAUGAGAGAGAAGAAUGAAGGAAGAAGAUGAACAAUAUAAUAUAUUAUAUUAUAUUAU